GGGCGGUAGUGUGCGUUCCCGACCCGGAAGUGCCUCUGCGGGCGAGUGCUGGUUGUGCUACGCACGUGUGCGGCGGCCGCAAUGAAGUUCGCGUACCGGUUUUCAAACUUGCUGGGUACAGUUUAUCGGCGUGGAAACUUAAAUUUUACGUGUGAUGGAAAUUCAGUCAUCAGUCCUGUGGGCAAUAGAGUCACUGUAUUUGAUCUUAAAAACAACAAAUCUGACACGCUGCCCCUGGCCACUCGGUAUAAUGUCAAGUGUGUGGGGCUGUCCCCAGAUGGCCGCCUUGCAAUCAUCAUCGAUGAAGGGGGCAACGCGCUGCUGGUCAGCCUGGUCUGCAGGUCUGUGCUGCACCAUUUCCACUUCAAGGGCUCUGUGCACAGCAUCUCCUUCUCCCCCGACGGCAGGAAGUUUGUCAUCACAAAGGGCAACAUUGCCCAGAUGUACCACGCCCCUGGGAAGAAGCGAGAGUUCAAUGCCUUUGUUCUGGACAAAACCUACUUUGGGCCAUAUGAUGAAACUACGUGCAUUGACUGGACAGAUGACUCUAGGUGCUUUGUGGUGGGGAGCAAAGACAUGUCCACCUGGGUGUUUGGCGCCGAGCGCUGGGACAACCUCAUCUACUAUGCACUGGGGGGACACAAGGAUGCCAUUGUGGCCUGCUUCUUUGAGUCCAACAGCCUUGACCUGUACUCACUCAGCCAGGAUGGAGCCCUGUGUGUGUGGCAGUGCGACACACCCCCAAAGGGCCUGAGGCUAAAGGCCCCCUCAGGCUGGAAAGCAGACCUGUUGCAGCGGGAGGAGGAGGAAGAGGAGGAGGACAGAGAGACCACCAUCCGGGGGAAGGCCACACCAGCUGAGGAGGAGAAGAGAGGAAAAGUAAAGUACUCACGGCUGGCCAAAUACUUCUUCAAUAAAGAAGGAGACUUUAACAACCUGACAGCUGCAGCAUAUCACAAGAAGAUUCACCUCUUGGUCACUGGUUUUGCUUCUGGAACUUUUCAUCUUCACGAACUCCCAGAGUUCAACCUUAUCCACUCCCUGAGCAUCUCGAAUCAGAGCAUCACUUCGGUUGCCAUCAAUAGCUCUGGGGACUGGAUCGCCUUCGGCUGCUCAGGCCUGGGCCAGCUGCUUGUGUGGGAGUGGCAGAGCGAGUCCUACGUGCUCAAGCAACAGGGCCACUUCAACAGCAUGGUGUCACUGGCCUACUCCCCUGAUGGGCAGUACAUUGUGACCGGUGGGGAUGAUGGCAAGGUCAAGGUGUGGAACACCCUCAGUGGCUUCUGCUUUGUCACUUUCAUGGAGCACUCGAGUGGGGUGACCGGUGUGACCUUUACUGCCACUGGCAAUGUCAUCGUGACCUCAUCCAUGGAUGGGACCGUGCGAGCUUUCGACCUUCACAGGUACCGAAACUUCCGCACCUUCACGUCUCCACGCCCCACUCAGUUCUCCUGCGUGGCUGUGGACUCAAGCGGGGAGAUCGUGUCUGCUGGGGCCCAGGACUCCUUUGAGAUCUUUGUGUGGUCCAUGCAGACUGGCAGGCUCCUGGAUGUUCUAUCUGGCCAUGAGGGGCCCAUCAGCGGUCUAUGUUUUAACCCAAUGAAGUCCAUCCUGGCCAGUGCUUCCUGGGACAAGACCGUGCGCCUAUGGGACAUGUUUGACAGCUGGAGAACCAAGGAGACACUGGCCCUAACCUCUGAUGCUCUGGCUGUGACUUUUCGCCCUGACGGUGCAGAGCUGGCUGUGGCCAUGCUGAACUCACAGAUCACCUUCUGGGACCCUGAGAACGCCGUGCAGACGGGCUCCAUUGAAGGCAGGCAUGACCUCAAGAUAGGCAGGAAGGAGCUGGACAAGAUCACAGCCAAACACUCAGCCAAAGGGAAGGCCUUCACCACUCUGUGCUACUCUGCGGAUGGCCAGAGCAUCCUGGCAGGAGGCAUGUCCAAGUUUGUGUGCAUUUAUCAUGUCAAGGAGCAGAUUCUUAUGAAGAAAUUUGAGAUUUCAUGCAACCUGUCUCUGGAUGCCAUGGAGGAAUUUUUGAACCGAAGAAAAAUGACAGAGUUUGGCAACCUGGCACUAAUUGAUCAAGAUGCCGGGCAGGAAGAUGGGGUUGCAAUACCAUUACCAGGUGUCAAGAAAGGUGACAUGAGUUCUCGGCACUUUAAACCUGAGAUCAGGGUGACAUCACUCCGCUUCUCUCCCACUGGCCGCUGCUGGGCGGCCACCACUACAGAGGGCCUCCUCAUCUACUCCCUGGAUACACGCGUGCUCUUUGACCCAUUUGAACUGGACACCAGCGUGACCCCUGGGCAGGUGCGUGAGGCGCUACGCCAGCAGGACUUCACCAGAGCCAUCCUCAUGGCCUUGCGGCUGAAUGAGAGCAAGCUGGUGCAGGAGGCCCUGGAGUCAGUGCCCAGGGAUGAGAUUGGAGUUGUCAGCUCCUCCCUUCCUGAGCUGUAUGUGGAGAAGGUGCUUGAGUUUGUAGCUUCCUCCUUGGAAGUGUCCCGCCACCUGGAGUUCUACCUCAUCUGGACUCAGAAGCUGCUCAUGUUGCAUGGACAGAAGCUGAAGGCCAGAGUGGGGACACUGCUGCCUGUGGUUCAGUUCCUGCAGAAGAACCUCCAGAGGCACUUGGACGACGUGUCUAAACUCUGUAACUGGAACCGCUAUAACAUGCAGUACGCGCUGGCAGUUUCUAAGCAGCGGGAUAUGAAGCGUCACUUGGAGCCGCUGGGAAGUGAGGAAGAUGCAGACACUUUAGAGGAUGACAGCCUACACCUGCUGGGAGGAGGAGACAGAGAUGAAGGAGAAGAAGCGAUGGUGGUAUAAGCUGGCGCAGUGGCAACAUCCAGUGUUUUCAGUGGAAACCUACCAAAGAGCUGAAAUCAUUUUGCUGCCUGGGCCAGAAGUGGGAGGAAUCCAGGCAACAGCUAGUGACUUGCUUUUCCUGUAAGAACCCAACACAGCCAUCGGGACAGCGAUCUGACAGACAAUACCUGGGACUCGCAUGUACUGGCACACAACAAGUGAUAAAUGCUGGCACAGCGUGAUAAAUGUU